UAUGGGCCCCACUACGUACGCUUUCUUCUUCCUGUCUAUCAUUUGCUCUUUUUUCUAUCUUUGCAUCUCUGCUGUGAUUUUAUUUCUAUUCCUUUCUUUCGAAAAAUGAAAUCCGAUUAUUCGAGAUUAAGGCAGCAACGGUUUUCUUCUUUUUUUGGGUUUGCUUCAAGAGGAAAUUGAGGUUGGUCUCUCAAUCUGAAUUGACUGAGCCGUGAAGUUCGUUCAGGACCAGAUGCCUUCGAUGUGCCAUGUUUGUAGUGCGCUGUUGAUGGAGUCGGGCAUUGAAUGUCGUUGUCGAAUUUGUUGCCGGCUCUUCUGCCAAGAGUGUGAAAAGAAAGUCACUUCUUCAAUAUUGGAUGGUGAAGAUUCUGUUUCCCUCUGUAACAUUUGCUUGCAGAAGUAUGAGCUAGAGCCUUCAAAAGAGGAUAGUUCAAGUGCUUAUGCAACACCAUUGACCAGUCCAGCUCCUUCUCUAAGCUGCUAUGAAAGCUGUAUCUCUAGCCUUGGUGAUUUUUUGUCUGAUUUGAACUUCCAAAGCAGGGAAGAUGGAGAUGAAGAAACUCCUGAUACCGGUCAAGAGCAUUGUAACCCUGAGUUUUCUGGCUAUUUAGAAGACCAAGAAUUGGAAAAUAUUGACAUCCAAAAUUACGAUGCUCAAAAUGAAUCAGAUGGUUUUAAAUUUGCUAAGUCUGUGGAUGAAGUUGAUGAGUUCAGUUCAAAAACAGUUGAAAAUGUAGAGAAAGAAAGCAUUGAACUCUCUCCACCCCUUGAUAUAGAAACCGAUUUGCGCAUUUGGAUACCACCCCCACCGGAAGACAAAGACGAUGACAUUGAGAGCAGUGUGGCUGACACUGAUGAUGAUGACAAUGAGUAUAAUGUCGGUAUGGAAUGGGGUUGGCCAAGUUCUCUUAGCAGCAGCUACAGGUUCCGAGAGGAACGCAAAAAGGCUAUGGUGGAGGUAAUGAAUGGCCGUUUCCGUGCCCUUGUGAGACAGCUUCUUGCAUGGGCAAGUGUUUCUCUUUCUGAGGAGGCUGGUGAGAAUUGGCUUGAUAUACUCACUUCUUUAUCAUGGGAGGCUGCUAUACUCGUAAAGCCUGAAGCUACUGAUGGGAAACCCAUGGAUCCUGGAAGCUAUGUGAAAGUGAAAUGCAUUGAAUCCGGUUCUCGCAGCCAAAGUCAAGUGAUCAGGGGUCUGGUUUUUAAGAAGAAUGCAGCGCACAAGCAUAUGCCCACCAAGUACAUGAACCCUAGAUUGUUACUGCUUCAGGGGGUUCUUGGACAACAUGCAGGCGAGUUGUUGUCGCUUGAUUCGAUGAAACAGGAAAAGAAGGAUUAUCUCAAGUCGAUCAUUGAUAUGAUAGAACUGUGUCAUCCGAAUGUGAUUCUUGUUGAGAAAAACGUCUCCCGUGAUGUGCAAGAGUCCAUUUUGGCAAAAGGAAUGACAUUAGUUUUUGAUAUGAAGCUCUCGCGCUUAGAGAGGAUCGCUUGUUGCACUGGUUCACAGAUUGUUCCUGCUGCUAGUGAUUUGGUUGAUCCGAAGCUGAAAACAUGUGAUUCUUUCCAUAUCGAGAAAGUUAUCGAGGAACAUGGAAAUUGCGGAGAAGGUGGAAAGCACCCCAUUAAAACUUUAAUGUUCUUUGAGGGUUGUCCAAGACCUUUGGGCUGCACGAUUCUGCUGAAAGGAGCUCGCAAUGAUGAACUGAAGAAGGUUAAAUGUGUGAUGCGGCAUGCAGUAUCUCAGGCAUAUCAUUUGAUACAAGAAACUUCCUUUCUGGUAGAUCAAAGGACAAUCUUUUCUAACACUCGAUUAGAAAUCGGUCUUUUGAGAGAGAAAAAAAUGCCAUUCGUUGGUUUUUCUUGUGCAAUUGAUUCAAAUGAUUCUAGUGUUGACAGUUCCACUGCUGGAAUCUCUUCAUUGCAUGCUGUAGAUAUACCCAUUUGUAAUGAAUGCCCAGAAAAGUCCAUUUCCGACCCGUCCACUUUCACACACGUCAGUUUCAAAGAAAAGGAACCAGAUUAUCGGAGCACAGGAGCAUUUCCUGCUUCUUAUUUUCUUGAAAGACUUGAUCAUGAGGUUGAACUGAGGGGUAGGACCAACCUAGAGAAGAAAUCAUGUGGCGUGGUUGGUCUUUGUGGAAAAGCUAAAAGCGGCAAAAUUGAUAUUGAUAAUGAAGUAGAAAUGCUACACAAGGAUGAGGUGGAAAUGCUACUAGAUCCUGAAUGGAUUUUAGUUUUGCUAACUAGCCGGUGUGUCUUGAAGGGGACAGUUUGUAAGCAAAACCAUCUUUAUCGUGUUAGGUUCUACAGGGAUUCUGACAUCUCCCUAGGACGAUUCUUGCAUGACGUCGUACUCAAUCAGAAACACCAUUGCUCCACAUGCGGUGAAUCACCAGAUGCCCAUUCAUACUCUUACACUUACCAGAACGGGAAGCUUGCGAUACGAGUCAAACGGCUUCCUCCUGAGAUGCUUUUGCCUGGUGAAGCAAAGAGGAAACUUUGGAUGUGGACCCUUUGUUUAAAAUGUAAUAGGGAGAAUGGGAUCCUAAAACAUACACGCAGGGUGGUGAUGUCUAGUGCAGCGCGUGGCCUAUCAUUCGGGAAGUUUCUAGAGCUUUGCAUUUCAGAUGACUCAACUUUGAGUAGGUUAUCCACCUGUGGCCAUUUGCUUCACAGAGAUUGCCUCCAAUUCUACGGAUUGGGUUCUGUGGUCGCAAUGUUCAGCUAUUCUCCUAUUGACAUCUACACGGCAUGUCAGCCACCGCCAGUUUUGGAGUUUUAUAACCCAAAUGGACAAGAGUGGCUUCAUAGCGAAGCAAAAGAUGUGCUUGAAAAAGGGAAUUUAUUGUUCAUGGAGGUCAUGAACUCACUGCAGAAGAUAAUGUCUGAAGUUACUAGCUCGGGCGUGAAUCAGCCUAUAAAAGAUCUCUCUGAAAUCGAAGCGAUGUUGCAGAAAGAAAAAUCUGAUUUUGAGGAAGCUAUUGAUAAGAAUGGGAAGCUGGGCCAGACCGUCCAUCAGAUUCUUAAUUUGAAUCGCUUAAACCAUGAACUUCUGCUCGAAUUGUAUGUUUGGGAUCGCCGCUUGCAAUCUCUUCGGUUGUCCACGGCAGAUAACAAUGCUACACAUGAAGAGCAAUUACGAUUGCAGAAGGAUGACAUUUCUGAUGGAAGAACUCAGAGAAGAAAUACAUUGGAAUAUGGUGGAGAUGGAGCUUUUGAAGACUCUCCACAUAUUGCCCACCACACCAGAAGCCUUUCCAAUGUGAAAACAGAGCUGGAAAUCGAGGCAGCCAAAGCCUCUAUAUCAGCUGAUAAUUUAAUUGGAGAUGAUAAUUUCCCAAAUUCUAAGCAUACAGGAAGUAAGAUCUGUAAUUCUACUGAUGCCGAGGCUACUGAAGGGCUAGCAGUGGAAUCUCAGCCAUCUGCUGCAUUGAUCACUCUUCCUUUGAUUGGUAAGGACAACGACGAGGAGUACAUGCCCAUUUCUGAUCAAUUACAGGCGGGCCAAGACAUCCCUAUUUCUGGGGAUGCUCUGGGACAGACCGAAACUGUCACAGACUUGAAUCCGAAAAUCGAGUAUGCAGUUAACAACUCAGCAUUAGAUGAUGUUUAUGCUCCGUUGAAGGAAUUGUGUCCUGGCACACUGGCACCCCUGAAACGGCUUCCUUCUAACUUAGACGACUAUGAAAAAUGGGUGUGGACCCCUUUUUCGGAAACUUGCAAGGCAUACAGAAAGGACUUCCAGAGAGGUUACUUACAGAAGUUUGAUUUUGUCAAUAGCUACACUCCAUCAUACCUCUCCUUGUCCAAUCAACUGAUUUCCGGCGAAAGGUCCACGCUUCACUUCCCAGUGGAUGCUGAUGAUAACAUUGUGUCUGCAUAUGAGGAAGAUUUUUCGAGCAUAAUUGCCUGUGGUCUCGCCUUAUUGCAGGACCAAUAUAGUUUGGCGGAAAACGCUGCUGAAAAGGAUAGAAGGAUUGGCAAACAACAAGAAACCAGUAAAUCGAAUGAGAAUACAUAUGGUCUGUUUCCCAAUGUUGUCAUGCCUUUCCCUCUCGGGACCUCAAAUGGGCCAUUAGAUCUUGAAGGGAUACAUUCUCAAGAAUUGACUGAAUUGGGUUUGGAGGGGUUCUUCUCUGUUGACUCUUUGCUAUUUUCAAAGUCUCUACACACUGAAGUCUCACUUGGGGUUGGAAAAUUACGAAGGAAAGGUAAAUACUCAGUGAUUUGCAUUUAUGCAAAACAGUUCUAUGCUCUUCGAAGGCACUGUUGUCCAUCCGAGAUUGAUUAUAUCUCUUCCCUCUGUCGUUCCAAGAAGUGGGAUGCCCAAGGGGGUAAGAGUGGAGCUUUUUUUGCAAAGACUCUGGAUGAUCGGUUUAUUGUAAAGCAAAUCAAGAAGAUUGAACUCGAAUCAUUCUUACAGUUUGGCCUGGAGUAUUUCAAGCACAUUUCGCAGUCUUUGAAUUCGGGGAGCCAAACAUGCCUCGCAAAAAUUCUAGGGAUAUAUCAGGUUAUUAUCAGAAAGUCUAAAAGUAGAAAACAUGUGAAAGUCAACCUGAUGGUGAUGGAAAAUAUUUUCUUUGGCCGGAACAUUUCACGUUUGUAUGAUCUUAAAGGUGUUCUUCAUUCUCGAUACAAUUCAGAUGCAAAUGGCACCCUUUUGGAUCAGAACUUUGUCGCCGAUGUGCUUGCCUCUCCAUAUUUUGUUGGCGGAAAGACCAAGCAGCACUUACAAAGAGCCAUUUGGAAUGACACAUCUUUCCUUACAUCAGUCGACGUUAUGGAUUACUCAUUACUUUUGGGAGUGGACAAGGAUCGGCGUGAACUUGUAUAUGGUAUUGUUGAUUAUCUGAGGCAGUAUACAUGGGACAAACAUCUUGAAACGUGGGUGAAGACUUCUCUUGUUGUGCCGAAAAAUGAGUUGCCAACAGUUAUUUCCCCGAAGGAGUACAGGAAAAGAUUCAGGAAGUUUAUGUCUACUUACUUCUUUACCGUUCCAGAUCGUUGUUGCUCUGAUCGAUUUUUUGGCCCUCACAAGUAUUGUGGUGAAGGCGGUGAUGGUUUUACUUGGUCCAAUAAUGCAGGGCCGACAGAGAUAUCAAAUAAACAGCGAUGUUGAAUUCUACAGAAUUGAAGUCUGAUGAGUCAAUCUCCACAAAGCUGGGAAGGCCUCAGAAGAACUGUGCAUAGUUUUCUUUUCUUGUCUUUUUUUCGCAGUUUUUUCCUCCCCCACUUUUGCAAUUUUUUUUAGCAAAUAUCAGGGAUUAGUGUCACGACCCUAAAUCUAGUGUUGGUAAUCUAUGAUUACGAUACACCAAAUUUUAGUUGACAGCAUCUGUAAAACUCUGAUUUUGGGGCUUCCAUAUAUCACACACUAAGUCCCAUAAGCGGGGCUCCACAAGGAGGAUUUCUGAAAAUAAAGACAAUAAACACGUAUCAUUUCUCAAA